UGGCGCGCCCACGUGCAAUAUUCUGGUUUACCAAACACGCACGUGCUGACGGUGAAAGAAGGAAGAGGUGGGCUGCGCAACUGAGGUCAUCAGUGCGCAACUCUGCAUGCAAGGCGGAUCUAUUGGAAGUAUAAGGUUUCUGUAGAAGUUCUUUUCCCCAUCAGUUCGCUCGAUCCAAUUGCAUGAAUGAUCGGUGACCGUGCUGCGUAAGGAUCUCAACAGUAGCGUGGGAUACUCUUCAGUGCGCUUUAAGUUUUCUACUUUGCAGCCAGCAGCGGUGCAAUUGCGCUGUGUUUGAAAUAACCAAGACUGACUUAAACGACGGGAAAAAAAAUAACACCACCAUGGGAUGGCUGUUGUGACCUAUCCCUCGACAAAUUAUUCCGUCCCCGGUCCCCUGGUUUCUUGGCGGUGUCCACGGCCAUGAGGUUGCCAUGUCCUCCAACGAUUCAGAGCUCAUCAACUGCACCAUCGAUCAUGAGAUCCACCAGUACCUCUUCGCUGGGGCCUACAUCCUUAUCCUGUUUGUGGGCCUCCCCGCCAACGCCUACUCCCUCUACCACGCCUGGGUGCAGCUCAGGGCGCGGAACGAGCUGGGGGUCUACCUGCUGAACCUCACCGUCUCCGACCUGCUCUACCUGGCCUCGCUGCCCAUGUGGCUGCAGUACAUCUUCCUGGGGGACGACUGGCGCCACCACGAGUGGCUGUGCCAGCUAUGCGGCGUCCUGCUCUACGAGAACAUCUACAUCUCCAUCGGCUUCCUCUGCUGCAUCUCCAUCGACCGCUACCUGGCCGUGGUCUACCCGUUCCGCUUCGCCGCCUUCCGCACCAUGAAGGCGGCCACUCUGGUCAGCGUCUUCAUCUGGGUCAAGGAGCUGGCGGUGGGAGCCAUCUUCUUCAGCCACAAAGUGCUGAGCGUGGACAGGACCAACCAGAGGGUGUGCUUCGAGCACUACCCGAUGAAGCCCUGGGAGUACCCGGUGAACUAUUACCGCUUCUACGUGGGCUUUCUUUUCCCGCUCUUCAUCUUGUCCGUGUCGUAUUUCCGCGUCCUGCGCGCGGUGAACAAGAGCGCCGGCACGCAGACGGCGCAGAAGACGCGCAUCAAGCACCUGGUGACCAGCACCAUCCUCAUCUUCCUGGUGUGCUUCUCGCCGUACCACGUGUUCCUUCUGGCGCGGACGAUGCUGGAGAGAAGCUGCGGGUUCAUAGAGAAGGUCUUCAACUACUACCACUUCUCGCUCCUGCUCACCAGCUUCAACUGCGUGGCCGACCCGGCGCUGUACUGCUUCGUGAGCGAGAGCGCCCAGCGUGGCAUCCAGGAGGCCCAGCGGGUGUGUGCCAAGGCCGUGUGCUGUUGCAGACGCCCCAAAGACAAGGGCAUGGCCAUCACUGGUCGCCUAGCGAUCACUGCCACACAAUCCAAUGAGGUGGCUACUGCCAGUGACAGCAGAACUGGUGCUGCAAUGGUCACAUUGUUACAGCCAAUGAAAACCAGUCAGGAUGUAUAAGGAGACGAACAUGUUUAGCUUAUCCCCAGUGGGCUGGCCCAGGAAAUGUUUCUAUGUCUGUUACAGAUUAUGUAUGUAUUUGUUUAACAUAUAUGAAACUUAGCUUUAACGUAGACAAAGUCAUGUUAAAGCCAGUAUGUUUAAAAAAAAUCUAUUUGAAACUAAACUCAAUGUGUGUGUCUUUGUACUCUUACGGAUCUUAAGGGCAUAGCCACCACCUAACCUGGUUCAGCGUAGUCUCACGGGGGUCAGACGUUUGCGCUAUGUCAUGAAAGCACA